AUGUCGACCAAACUCACCCACACCAAGGUCAACCAUGCCGCCGGCAUCUUCGCCGAUAUCUCGGUCGAUGGCCCUAUCAUUGGUACCCUGGUUGCGAUCAUUGAUCGCGCCAAGAACCUUCCAAACCGCAAGACGAUGGGAAAGCAGAACCCUUACUGUGCAGCACGAUUGGGCAAGGAAGCAAAGAAAACACAAACAGACCUGCGGGGAGGACAGACCCCUCGAUGGGACUCGGAGCUCCGAUUCACCGUACACGAAUCCCCAGAUUACUUCAAAUUGAAGGUCUCGGUAUUCAAUGACGACAAGAAGACCGACAUGAUUGGUGAGACCUGGAUCGACUUGCACAACUUGAUCAUUCCUGGUGGAAGCCAGAACGACCACUGGCACCCAUUGCAAUGCCGUGGAAAAUAUGCAGGAGAUAUUCGAAUUGAAAUGACUUAUUACGACACGCGAGAGCAAGAUGAAGCCGUGCUUGAACGCAGACAAGAAGCCGCGGACAGGGUCCAGGGUAAGAUCCCCAGCGCACCUAGCAGCACUGGAGUGUCUGGUCCUCGACAAUUGAAGGACGUCAAGCGUCGUCCCCUGCCCAGUGGCCCACCUGGAGCUCCAGCUCCAGCACGACCAGCGCCGCUUGAGCAGGCCCAUUCUGCGCCUCCACCUCUUCAGCACCCAGUUCCGUCCAGACCGGCAAUUCCUGAGCAUGCAAACUCCAUGCCUGUUCCUCCAGAGCCUCUAGCAUACGCCCCGAGGCUCGCGGAGCCUGCAUACGAGGAACCCAUGUAUCGUGCACCAUCUCCCGUGCCCCAGUCUCUGCCCCCGUCUCGGGGUGGAUACGACGGUGCUGAUACUUACACGCAGGAAUGGGAAGAGCAAGCCGUGGCGCCUCUCUCACGAAGAACCACUCAUGAAAUCCCAUAUCAUGCCCAGGAAUCCCUCGAGGACACGUAUGACUCGCGACCUCAGCAACCGCGGAGCCAGUCCGAUUAUGAUCAGCCACCCUCUCGGGACUACGGGUUAGCUAGGCAAGGGCCGGUGUAUGAGGCAGAUUCGCGGGGCAGAAUGUACAACCACGGACAUCAAGAUCACUAUGUUGAAGACCCUCGCUACAACCCAGAUCCUGCGGCUUAUGGGCCUGUGACACAUGCAUAUGAGCUGCCAGCUCAAGACUUCCCUAGGUCGGCUUCGUUUUCGGGCCCAGUGGAUGACCCUAGAUACCACCCGCACUCUGUUAGGCCUCUCCAAAUAACCGGCCGUCCUGAACACCACCCAGAAUACGCCACAAUGCAACCCCGAGUUGAGGAUGAAGAUGAGGAUGGGAUGAUGCCACCUCCACCACCACUUCACCGAUCUCGAGAGUCGCAUUCUCAGUUGCGCGCCCCGAGAACUUCCCCACAGUCUUACGUGCCUUAUAUCCCCAAGCAAACUCCUUCACGACCACCAGCAACCAACUUGCCAUCAUCUAUGUCUACGCCAUCCCACCUAAUGGGGCAUUCCCCGGCCGUGCCAGCAAGCUUGGUUGCUGGCUAUGAACCAGAAGAUGCAUCCGAGAGAGCAGCAUUUGAAAGGUCGACUCGGAGACGCAGUUCACACUGGGACGAUGAGAUGAUGCUGUCUGAGGUACCUGCACCGGUUCCUGUCUCAGCACCUGUUCUCUACGAAGCUCCUAUUCACCCUCUACAGACGUCUCCACGGCCCAUUGCUGAGAGACCAUCCUCCAGCAGAGGUGGAUCUGGAUCUGUGAGCCCUGAUAUGCGCGCAGUGACGAGGAAGUCCGUCAGUCCGCGACCUUCAUCUUCAGAUGGCCGUGGUAGUUCUUCAAUCCCUUUCUCACCCGACUCUUACAGCACCCUCAACCCUCAUACAUCUCGUCCCCCCAGCCGAGACCCUUCCCCAGGCUAUGACUCACCCUCCCACUCCAGAGAUUCUCUGGUGCGCGCUCAUAGCGAGCCUCCACGAGACGUGGAUCAGCCAAUUAUCGGGGACGAUGGACGUGAGAUUGAUCCGUCAGACCAUCUCCCCACCGAUACCUGGGCCCCCGAACCAGAAAGAAAGAACCGCAAACCCGAGGUCAUUAUCCGUUUCAAGCACUCGCCCCGCCCAACAUCAAGAGGAAACGAGUCUACCACCUCCCGCGCACCAGGGCCCCCUCGUGUAGGCUUCAAAACAGAGACCACAUACGACCGCUCACCGAAAAAGUACACACCAGCACACGUACACGCCAGCCCAGGAUCCAUGGUCCGCACUCCACCCCGCAUGGAUUACGCACAUGGACGCUCCGAUAGCUACACAGACAGCCGUGGCUACAGCACACCAACAUCAACCGAGCGUCCCCGCUCCUCUCGAGGUUCCGUCUCUCCAUCGCCUAGCGCUCGCUCACCACUCUACGACUACAACACAGGACCCCCAAUCCCUUCAAAGGUGCCAAUCACCCACGGCAGCCCAAGCUACCCUGUCAUGUCCGGGAAUCCUAACGGUAAUGUCCGCAUGGACGCCUUGAGCCGCGAACUAAGUACAAUCGAUAUCGGCUCGGCGGGUUGUAGUCCUGGUCGUGGAGCAAUCCGCAAAUACGUACCCAGGUCAUCAGCUUCUAUGGGCUACGCAAGCUAA